CCCCUCCCAUAGCAACAGCGCCGCCUCCAUAGCAACAAGGGCGCCGCCAUGAUCCCGCCGCCGGACUCGCUGCUGCGCUACGAGCCGCCGGUGCUGGUCAGCCGCCGCGCCGAGAAGCGCUCCCCGGAGGCCCGCCCGCUGAAGGGGACCCCGCAGCCGCCGCCGCAGCCCGGCCCCGGCCCGCAGCCCCGGCCCCGGCCCGCUGCUGCCGCGGCCGCCGCCGAGUGCAGGCAGCCCCAGGAGCUGCUGAACGCCAUCCUGCCGCCGCGGGAGUGGGAAGAGGACAAGCAGCUGUGGGUGCAGCAGGUGUCCAGCGUGCCCAGCACCCGCCUGGACGUCGUGCACCUCCAGGAGCAGCUGGACCUGAGGCUGCAGCAGCGGCAGGCGCGGGAGACCGGCAUCUGCCCCGUGCGCAGGGAGCUCUACUCGCAGUGCUUCGAUGAAUUGAUCCGUGAAAUUACAAUCAACUGUGCAGAGCGCGGACUAUUGCUGCUUCGAGUCAGGGAUGAAAUCCAAAUGACAAUUGCUGCUUACCAGACGCUGUAUGAGAGCAGCACUGCGUUUGGCAUGCGGAAGGCGCUGCAAGCUGAGCAAGGCAAACAUGACAUGGAAAAGAGAAUUGCAGAGCUAGAAGGGGAAAAGCGGGAGCUGGAAAGACAGGUGAGCGAACAGAAAGCUAAAUGUGAGGCUAUUGAAAAGCGUGAAAACGAAAGGCGGCAGAUAGAGGAAAAGAAACACACUGAAGAGGUUCAGUUCCUGAAGCGAACGAAUCAACAGCUGAAGGCUCAACUUGAAAGCAUCAUUGCACCGAAUAAGUAGGUUUUUUUUUUUGGUGCCCUCCAGGCAGUGCUCUAAAGAGCUGUCAGAGCAAGAAGUUUGCAAUUAGUGACAAAGAUCUGUCUUCAAAAAAAACAAUACUGAAUUUUCACUUACCGGUAACUGAAGGCAGUGUAAUUGUAUUAUUUGUCCCUUUUUCUCUUGAAGAGUUGAAAUUCAAAAGCUCCAUUAGUUACUGUGCCCUCUUUCAGUGCCACCUCAGCAUGUAGCUCCUUGAAUAGUGAACGUCUGGGACUUGCUUGUCGGUAAUAUGCUAAUGACCUUCAAAGCAAUAAACUACUAAAUGCUUUUACAAAC